GGAGAAUGAAAGUAAAUCUGUGCUUUACAAGGGAAAGUCCGUACAAGAAAGAAGCAUUUCUCUGCAUCUGCCUGUGAGGUGAAUCAUGAAUCAGGCCGUUCUCACACUGCUGUGCGCUGUGCUGUUUGGAGUAAGUCUUGUACACUCUGCAGGGCACGGAGCAGGGAUUUCACAGCGCUGUUUAUGCAGAGGCAGAAUGCUGAAAGCAGUGAAGCCUAGAUACAUGCUUGCAGUUGAAUUGUUCCCACCAAGUGCCUCCUGCUCAAAGACUGAGAUUAUAUUGACUCUCACUGGAAAAGGAAAGGGAAAGGGAAGGGGAAGGGGAAAGAGGUUAAAAGUGUGUCUGGAUCCAUAUGAGAAGCAAGGACGGAGAUUACUGAAGAGCAAAGGGAUUCAAAACAAAAAGCAAAAGAACAGAGGAAGAAAAGGGAGGAAUAAGAAGUCUGAUGACAAGGAUGACUAGUGAAAUGAUUUCUUCCAGCAUGUUACAACACACCUUUUCAAUAACAAAAGUUUUCAAAGUCAUUUAUCCAUAAAUGUACGUUUUUCUUAUUUUGAUUUAUGUUUUGUGAUUUUAAACAUUUAUCUGAAGAAAAUGAUACAGGUUAAUUUUAAUGGCAGUAAAUGAUUUGAUCUGUAAGAAAUCAUGACCACCAACAGUGUUUUGGAUAAAGUAUUGAAUAGCUUGUGUCCAUAAUUAUAACUCUAUUCACAUCAACUUUAACUUUUUAUUAAUUCAUUUUUAUACAAAUCUUUCUAAUCCAGAGGAAAUCUGUGUGUGAUAUAACCAUGAAAUAAAAAUAAUUCUAAUGAUAA